CGGGAGGUGGAGCCUGCAGUUCCAAGUUGUCUGGACCAAAGUGGAGCGGGAGCAUCCGAGAGCCGCAGGAGGAAGCAUGGCCAAGUGGCGGGUGCCCGUGCUGAAGUGCGCGCUGUGGGCCGUCCUUCUCAAGCUCGCGGUCCUCGUCUCCGUCACGCUCUACUGGCUGGCGGAGCCCCGACUCGAGAGCCCGCUGCCCCGCGUGCCCGCAGGGGUCACGUGCCCCCGCGCCCCUCCCGGCCCGGGGGGCCCCGGGGACAUCUUCUUUGUGGAGACUUCGGAGCGCACCGAGCCCGGCUUUCUCUUCAUGUGCUCCGUGGAGUCGGCCUCCAGGACUCACCCGCGGGCCAGCGUCGUGGUCCUCAUGAAGGGCCUGGCGGGGAGCAACUCCUCCCUGCCCAGGAACCUGGGCGUCUCCCUGCUCAGCUGCUUCCCCAACGUGGAGUUCCGGGCCCUGGACCUGGCCGGCCUUUUCCAGGGCACCCCUCUGGCCGGCUGGUACGCGUCCAUCGCCCACCUGUGGCAGCCCUACCUCCUCCCCGUCCUGUCCGACGCCGCCCGGAUAGCCCUCAUGUGGAAGUUCGGAGGCGUUUAUCUGGACACGGACUUCAUCGUCCUCAGGAGCCUGGCAAACCUCAGCAACGCGCUGGGCGCCCAGUCCAAGUACAUGCUCAACGGGGCCUUCCUCGCCUUCGAGCCCGGCCACGACUUCAUCCGGCUGUGCAUGCAGGACUUCGUGGACCACUACAACGGCUGGGUGUGGGGCCACCAGGGCCCCCAGCUCGUCACCAGGGUCUUCAAAAGGUGGUGCGGCGAGAAGAGCCUGCGCGAGGGCCAGAGCUGCCGGGGCGUCCGGGCCCUGCCCCGGGAGGCCUUCUACCCCGUCGCGUGGCAGGACUGGAGGCGCUACUUCCAAGACGUCAGCUUCCCAGAAUCCCGCAGGCUGCUGAGGGACACCUACGCCGUCCACGUGUGGAACAAGAAGAGCCAGGGCGCCCGCUUCCAGGUCACCUCCAGGGUGCUGCUGGCCCGGCUCUACUCGCAGUACUGCCCCACGACAGCGGGCGCCAUGAGGGCGUAUCUGUGAGAGCUGCGCGGCGGCGGCUCCGCCACGGAAGGCCCCUUCGGGCUCCGGAGGGCAGGACCCUGGGGGGGGGGGGGGUUCUGCUUGGGCUGGAGACCAGAGUGACGCACCCUCCUGCCAGGCCUGCUGCACCGUCCCAAGCGGGCGCCAUGAGGGCGUAUCUGUGAGAGCUGCGCCGCGCCGGCUCCACCACGGAAGGCCCCUUCGGGCUCCGGAGGGCGGGACCCUCGGGGGGCGGGGGGGGGGGGCUUCUGCUUGGGCUGAAGACCAGAGUGACGCACCCUCCUGCCAGGGCCUGCUGCACCGUCCCAAGCGGGCAGCCAUGCGCCGACGGGGACUGCGAAUGCCCUCGAAAGGGCUGCGGAGAGCCGGCGAGAGAAGCUGGGCCGGCCUUGGGCCCGAAGCCUCUAGGGGGCUCGUGCCGCUCCCCACGUCUCUGGAGAUUAGCUGACACGACUUCUUCAGCUCUCGGAGCAGUCCGCCCCACCUCGUGGGGUCAAGGCAUGAACCUGCAGGGCCUGGAGACGUGGUCCUCUCCGUUCCCUCCCCCUCCCCCUCCCCAAAUACAGCUCCUGUGUUCUCAGUGUUUCCGAA